AGACAGAGAGAGAUGCGUAAAACACUUGUCUGCCUGCUAUAGCAAAAGGGCGGUACAGGUUUCAGUAUUUACACGCAUCAACCAGUCAAGGCAAAUAUUUAAAUAGUAGGCUAACGGUUAAUUGGUUAGGUAAGCAAUUCGAAAGUGGCCUGGCUGUGAGAAUUUGAUACACGGACAGGUAACUCAAGCAUUGCAGAUUUUCGGUGUUUCCAGUCCAUAUAUAAAUUCUCAUCGGCAGUCAUCAGUCACCACACCUUACAUAUUCUGGUUUGGACACCGGCGAGGCAAGAUCAUCAAAGCGGUAAUUUCAAAUCGUUUACAUCAGACGAAUCGUAUCGAGCAGCCAGAUUACACCAAAGCAGACAGAACAGGGACAUCAACAUCAGUCAAAGUGAUAUCAACAGAUUAUCAGAGCAAGGAGAGGGAAGAGGUUGACAGAGAAAAACAAACUAAAACAGUCGGUUUUAGAAAUCAACGCCUCGUAGGGAGAGAGAGGGAAUACAGGAUUAAUAUGUCACUCACUUCUAUCCUUUCCGCGGAGGCUAUUGAGAAUGCCGUCAAGGAGUUCCAAGCCCCAGACUCCUUCAGCUUUAAGAAGUUUUCCCAGCUGUGUGGCCUGACCUCCAAGUCUCCCAAAGAAGUCAAAGAUGUCUUCCAGAUCCUUGACGAUGACAACAGUGGCUUCCUCGAGGAGUCAGAGCUCAAGUUCUUCCUGCAACGGUUUGUCCCCGGGGCGCGGACGCUGACGGACGCUGAGUGCAAAGGCUUCCUGUCUGCAGCUGAUGAUGACAACGAUGGCAAGAUCGGAGUAGAAGAAUUCCUGAUCAUGGUCCAGUCCUGAGUUCCAUGGGAGCCGGAAGAGCAGCAGGUCUUCAUUCUCCUCUCCAACUUCCAGACUCCAGUCAACUUCCUCAAGCCUACAGCAGCCUCCAUUCCCAGGAAUUUGUUUUUCUCUGUCCUUGUGCUUGAAUUGUGCCCUUAAAUUGUUUUUUGUUUUUUUCAGAGCCCCUCUCUUUUUCAUCCAUGAAACCAUUUUUACUUGCCUUUUGAUUACGUUCUAGGAGAUUGUAUAGCUGCGUCGCCCCAUAUUUCUUUCCAAUGCACACUACAUUGUCGAUCAAAAAGAUGAAUAAACACAUUGUAACUUA